AGGGUGCUGCCAAUCACUUGAAUUUCAAAGCCAGGCGACGGUUGAGAGGCAAACCGUUAGUUCCCUCGAAGACUAAGGAGGAAAGAAUGCUUAUUCUCCUUGUUUGCCUUUAUAGCAAAGGAAAACACAUCAUAUUAUAAUACAGACUACAAAAUAUUAUAAUAGAGAACACAAUAGAAUAUAUUAUAAUAUACAAUAUAUAUAAUUCAACAUUAAUGCACUUCUUAGACACUUGUCAGGCCUAGAAACAAUGGAGGAAGCGCCUGUGACAAUGGAAACAAUCCCUGAAACUGAUGAGCAUCCAUCUCGGCUCCAUGCAGAAACUAGAGGACGGGGUUCUGUUUUCUUGGAUACUAUCUGUACUCCUUGUUCUAAGACACGUGAUUGCUGCAAGACUUACAAUAAGGUCUUCAAAAAAAUUUUCUUGGGUGUCCUUUUUGCAGCAUACCUGGCUUACUUCAUUACAGCGUGCUGGCUGAACUUUAAGCGAGCCUUAACUUUGGUUAUAUUUAAUUGUGCUGCUGUUGUUGUUGUGGCUUGUACCCUGAUAAAGAAUUGGUGGGGCCCCAAGAUUGUCCUGUUGCUGAGUCCUGUUACAAAACACCUCCAGACAGCUUGGCCACGGUUGAAAUGGAUACUUUGCCUAUCUAUUUUAACUGGUCUAAUUACCUGGAUGAUUAUUGAAGCGUCCCAAGGACAAGAGAAGCUACUAUCUUUGUGUGGCUACUGUGUGUACAUACUGCUACUUUUUGCCUUCUCCAAACACCACCGGCAUGUGUACUGGAGAGCUGUGUUUUGGGGGCUUGCUCUGCAAUUUCUCUUUGGCGUCUUGAUCAUCCGGACAGAACCUGGAUUUCAAGCUUUCCAGCUUAUUGGUGCUCAAGUUCAGAUAUUCCUGGACUUCACCAGAGCUGGCUCCAGUUUUGUCUUUGGGGAGAAACUGAUCAAAGAAUCGUUUGCUUUUCUGGCUCUGCCCAUCGUUGUCUUCUUCAGCUCUGUGAUAUCUGUCCUCUACUACCUGGGAAUUAUACAGUGGGUAGUGUAUAAGAUUUCUUGGCUGCUUCAAGUUACAAUGAACACAACAAUUGCAGAGUCACUGAGUGUGGCGGGGAACAUAUUUCUAGGAAUGACAGAGUCACUGAUGCUGAUUCACCCCUACCUGGCAGAACUGACCAGCUCAGAAAUCCAUGCUGUUAUGACUGGAGGCUUUUCCACCAUUUCUGGCAGUGUAUUGGGAGCCUUUGUUUCAUUUGGAAUUGAUGCCUCCUCCUUGGUUGCAGCUUCUGUUAUGGCAGCACCAUGUGCCUUGGCUAUGGCGAAACUUGUGUACCCAGAAGUGGAAGACUCAAAGUUCCAAAAGAUAGAGAAUGUCAAUAUUUCCUGUGGGGAGGCACAGAACCUCCUAGAGGCUGCCAGCACGGGUGCUGCCAUGUCCGUGGAGGUGAUUGCUAGUAUUGCAGCAAACCUUAUAGCUUUCCUGGCUAUUUUAGCCUUCGUCAACUCCGCACUUGCUUGGCUGGGUCAGCUAGUUAACGUAACGGAACUCUCCUUCCAGAUGAUUUGCUCCUAUGUAUUUAUGCCUGGAGCAUUCUUGUUAGGGACAAGCUGGGAUGAUGCAGCUUUGGUAGCUGAACUGCUGGGAACAAAGAUCUUCUUAAAUGAGUUUGUGGCCUAUCAGCGUCUGUCAAGUAUGAGGAAAAUGCGGCUGGAUGGAAAGCCUGAGUGGGGCAAAACAGGAAAACAGUGGAUUUCAGUAAGAUCUGAAAUCAUCACAACUUUUGCUCUUUGUGGAUUUGCAAAUCUGGGCUCCACUGGGAUCAUGCUAGGAGUACUGACAUCCCUGAUACCAGAGCGCAAGAGUGAGAUCUCUCGCACCAUCCUGCGGUCUUUAUUCACUGGAGUCUUUGUCUCUUUGAUCAACUCAUGCAUUGCAGGUAUCCUAUAUGUGUCCAGAGGAGAAAUCACUGAUUGCCCAAAAUUCCUCAGUACAACCAAUCUCAACACUACCAACUACAAUAUCUAUCGUUGCUGCAAAAAUUUGUUUGCCAGCACUGUGGCUGAAUCCGGUGGAUCAUUUUCGUUUACUGGUGAUUGGAGCAAGGUCAAUUCUCAACAGUACUUAAAGCAGUGUUGUAAACACUAUGUGGACAAAGUUUGUGGCAAUGUGUGACGGACGAGGAAUUAACCAAGGUAACCUGAGAAAGAAUCUCAUGACAGUGCUACUGAAUUAAAUGCAGAGGCAUACCCCAUAGCUCAAGAACAAAGUGACUUUUAUACUGAAAGGUCAUAGAAAUAUGACUGUAGCCAGACGUUCCUUCCUUCACAUAGAUAUCCCACAUUUUUGUCAUGGGAAAUCCAGCACUGAAUUCAAGAUGUGCUUAUGUGAUAUGAAAUAUUUAUGAACCAAGAAAAAAUAGAUUUCUUAUAGGUUCGCAUACAGUCUUUAUUCCUGACAAAUGUAUACGCAUAUUCCCAAUCUCAUUUCUAUUGACCCACCCUCUGCCACACACCUUUGUUUUCUUCUUGGGCCUCCACUCACCCCUUCUCAAAAGAUGGCUCUUUUGCUGUUACUGUCAACGAUUGUACUGAUUAUUGCUAUUUUGUAUUUUUAAUGCAAGGGUGAUAGAGAAAUAUUUUGAAUAAAAAUAUGCAAGCUUUU